GGUGUAGUUACAGAGUGACGCAGCCCUCCUGCGUGGAUUACGGCACACUGGAUUACUUAAUCUGUGACGCAGCAGAAUAGCAACACAGUGCGCAAUCUGCGUAGCACACAGUCUCCCGAGGACACCGGCAACAUGCUGCGUUUGCCUGCUGUGAGUCGGAGUCUCUUUCCAGCAGCUGUUGCCAAAGGAGGUGCGGUUGCGACCAAUCAUGCUCGUACUGCAGCAACAGCAGCUGCCAGCAGCCUCCUGGAGGUGUUCGUGGAUGGGGAGGCCGUCAUGGUGGAGCCAGGAACCACUGUGUUGCAGGCGUGUGAGAAGGCAGGCAUGCAAAUUCCUCGCUUCUGCUACCAUGAACGUCUGUCAGUAGCGGGAAACUGUCGCAUGUGUCUUGUGGAGAUUGAGAAAGUUCCUAAGCCUGUGGCAGCAUGUGCUAUGCCUGUUAUGAAGGGCUGGAACAUUUUAACCAACUCUGACAAAACAAGGAAGGCAAGAGAGGGAGUGAUGGAGUUUCUGCUGGCUAACCACCCAUUAGAUUGUCCAAUCUGUGAUCAAGGAGGGGAGUGUGAUCUGCAGGACCAGUCCAUGCAGUUUGGCAGUGACAGGAGUCGUUUCACAGAGGGCAAAAGAGCGGUGGAAGACAAAAAUAUUGGCCCACUCAUCAAAACCAUUAUGACUCGCUGUAUCCAGUGCACCCGCUGUGUGCGCUUUGCCAGUGAGAUAGCAGGGGUGGAGGAUCUGGGCACCACCGGCAGAGGCAAUGACCUGCAGAUUGGGACUUAUGUGGAGAAGAUGUUCAUGUCUGAGUUAUCUGGGAAUGUUAUUGAUAUAUGCCCAGUGGGAGCCCUGACUUCUAAACCAUAUGCAUUCACUGCUCGCCCUUGGGAGACCAGGAAGACUGAAUCCAUUGAUGUUCUAGAUGCUGUGGGUAGUAACAUUGUGGUGAGCACUCGUGGCGGUGAGGUGAUGAGAAUCCUGCCACGUCUUAAUGAGGACAUAAAUGAGGAGUGGAUCUCGGACAAAACCAGGUUUGCUUAUGAUGGACUCAAGAGACAGAGGCUUACUCAGCCGAUGGUGAAAAAUGAGUCUGGGCAGUUGGUUCCCACAACUUGGGAAGACGCUCUGACUCAAGUUGCAGGAGCAUUGCAAGGAGUUGAGGCAAAUGAUGUUGCUGCUGUCGUUGGAGGGAUGGCGGAUGCAGAAGCUCUAAUUUCCCUUAAAGAUUUGCUGAACCGUUUGAAUAGUGACAACCUGUGCACUGAGGAGGUGUUCCCAAUGAGUGGAGCUGGAUCUGACCUGCGUUCAAACUAUCUUCUGAAUACUGGGAUUGCUGGCAUUGAAGAAGCUGACCUGCUUCUUCUGGUAGGCACCAACCCACGCUAUGAGGCUCCUCUUUUCAAUGCACGAAUCAGGAAAGGCUGGCUUCACAAUGAGUUGCAAGUGGCUCUUGUGGGAAAGGAAGUGGACUUAAGUUACACCUAUGACCAUCUUGGGGAUUCUGCCAUGGUUCUUCAAGAAAUUGCAUCAGGAACUCACCCAUUCUCACAGGUCUUGGCUGAAGCAAAACAUCCUGGUAUUGUGAUUGGUAGUAGUUGCCUGCAGAGAGAGGACGGAGCUGCUAUAAUGGCAGCUGUCUCAACCAUCGCUCAGAACACUCGUGUCAGCAGUGGAGUGGAGGACAGCUGGAAGGUUCUCAAUGUGCUGCACAGGGUUGCCAGUCAAGUUGCUGCACUUGAUCUUGGGUACAAGCCGGGAGUGGACACUAUCAGGAAGAAUCCGCCCAAAGUACUGUUCCUGCUUGGGGCUGAUGCAGGCUGCAUUACUCGCCAAGACCUCCCUAAGGAUAGUUUCAUAAUUUAUCAAGGUCACCAUGGUGAUGUUGGUGCACCCAUGGCUGAUAUCAUCCUCCCCGGAGCUGCAUACACUGAGAAAUGUGGCACCUAUGUGAACACUGAGGGCCGUGCCCAGCAGACCAAGGUGGCAGUGACUGCUCCGGGCAUGGCCAGGGAGGACUGGAGGAUCAUCAGGGCAAUUUCUGAGCUUGCCGGAGUGUCUCUGCCCUAUGAUACUCUUGAUGAAGUGCGCGAGAGACUGGCAGAGGUUUCCCCAAAUCUGGUGCGAUAUGAUGACGUUGAGGAGGCCAACUAUUUCAAGCAGGCCAAUGAACUGUCUAAGGCAGUGAACCAGGCUUUCCUAACAGAACCAUUAGUCCCACCACAGCUUACAGUGAAGGACUUUUAUAUGACAGAUCCAAUAAGCAGAGCCUCGCAGACGAUGGCCAAGUGUGUGAAAGCCGUCACAGAGGGAGCACAAGCUGUCGACGAGCCAGCCAUAUGCUAAUGCGCACAAUGGAUAGUCAUCGAGUUCUUUGAAAAAAAUAUACGCACAACUACUCUAUUUGCACAUCCCUAGGAACAUAUUUAUUUGCACUUGUGUUUUACUGUAGUAGAUGUUUUACCAUAGCAGAUGCCUCGUUUAUCCCGCACUUUACUUACCUGCAGUAUCAUGUCUUAUGCAAAGUGGAAAUUCAAGCUUACGUUUGACAAAUCUCCAGAUAUUCAGUUUAUGUUUGCACAUUUAUGGACAUUCUAACUCAAGUAGUCGCGACCAAAGGUUUAAAAUCUUUAUCCUCCAAAGUUUAAU